AUGUCCGCCUCGACUCCACUUGCACACCCGCCCAACCUCCUCCAGACGAACGCUCGACUCGACCUCCUGCCGGCCGAGCUGCUCAAGGUCAUUGUCGAGCAAGUCGACGCUCAAGACGCCAAGAUAGAGCUUUUGCCAUACAUCCACUCAAGAUGGCUCAUCAAUGGAGACUUCCCACGAGGCAUCGCUGUUCUGUCGUUGACUUGUCGGCGGUUGCGGGAGGCGACCUUGCCGUACCUUUGCCAGGAAGUUUGCCCCCGCCAACUUGCCCACCCGCUUUUCCAGUUCCAACAGCUACCGCGCGCUCUCGUUCAGAACAUCCGGACCCUCGACUGCACCGAGAUGACUCCGACGACAUUUGCAGCGAUGGCCCUCAACGUUGCGUCUCUGCCGAAGCUGGAAGCGAUCAAGGUCUCCUGCAACGUCCUGCACUGCACCCUAAAACCGCGCCACGCUUCGUCCACGUCAAGCUCAUCCUCCGAUUCGUCCUCGUCCUCCGACUCUGACGCGAUGUCUGCCGUCAAUUCCGGCGCACGUUCCGUCAACAACAAGACUUCCUGGCCGCGCGAUGCUUGGUCGGCGCGCGAAGCGGCGUCAAUGCAAGCCCUUUCGAUACAGCUGGCUCAAACCGCCCUCCGACAAGGCAACUCGUGCUUCAAGUCUCUUGCACUACACGAUCUCAGGCCGCAGGACUUCGACCAAACACUCGAUCUUCUCGCCAACCCUGCCGCCCUCACCAGCUUGACCCUCACUUCCUGGUCGAGGUUCUACACCACAGCCGAUAUGCCCGCCAUCCAGGCUCUCUCGCGUUUGGUUCAUCUUGAGACGCUCCAUGUCAGCGGCGUCGAUUCCUUCAACUACCCUGAGCCGAAGCGCCUGCAAAACUUCCCCAGCCUUUCCACGGUCCGCACCCUCUCGAUCCGUGGAUAUUCGCCCCGGGUCGUGCGAAUCGUCAACCACCUCGCGCCGAAUGUCGUUAAUUUGACGCUCGUGUACCAGUCGGCGUCGCCUUCUUCCGCCGACCGUCUCGCCAAAUUACCCUGCCUGCGCCACCUCGAUCUUCGCGCUUCAUGGCAUCACAUCAGCGUCUUGUCAGCAUUCUCGACAUGCACCCUGUCCACGCUCACCUGGGUGGAACAGGAAGACUCGACUUAUCGCGUCGCGGGUCAUGGCCGAGUCACCCUCGCCCGCCUGCUGCGACUCGAGCAGCUGCGCACCUCGCUCCGCACCGUGCGAUUCACCCCGCGCAGUCGGAUGGCAUGGGCGACGGAGGAGAUGCAGGAGCUCUCCCAAGCCUGCCGGGAUCGCGGAGCAUCCCUCGAGGUCAGGCUGGGAGUGGACAACCCGGGGGACUUGCCGGAGGAUCCCGCAGUUCAGGCGAACACGAUGCAGGACACGCUCGCAUGGGCAUCAACGCACGUCGAAUGGCUCGCUCGACUUGGCGACGCAGGCGGGUUGAAGGAAAUGUGGGACGUCUUGUACGAAGCAAGGCAGCGGCAGGCAGUGGCCUUGACUUAG